GAAGAAAAAAAACUGGAAGCUCCUACUGUUUACCAUUUACAGUAUUCCUCAAAAACUCUCUUCUCUUCGCUUCUCUUCUCUUCACUUCACUCCCAACCAAACCAAACACAUUCUAUUCCAUUCCUGUAACCUAACAACAACCAUUCUCUUCAACCCUUUGCAAUCUUCUAUAUAACAAAAAACAACCUUAAAACAAACAAAAAACACAACACACAAACAUAAAAAUGUCCAACACUCUGCAACAACAAAAUCCCACUCUCCAAUCCAAACGUCUCGAUCCGUCUUCCCAGCAUUCCCGUCCCGGCCACCGGAGAUCGGUAUCGGCGGGAGCUCCGUUAAUCUACUCCGGCGGCUCCUCGCUGCUUCCGACUGGGAACAUCUGUCCGUCAGGGAAGAUCCUCAAACCGGUUCUGCCCUCGCGUGGACCGAACCGGACUGACGUGCUGGGCUCGGGCACUGUGAACUACGGCCGCGGCAGCAUAGUGCGUGGUGGCUCCGGCGCCUAUCCCGUGCCGGUGGCUGUGCCCGCGGCGGCGUCGCCACUCACGGUGAAGCGCGCGCUCGGAGGGUCCGAUCCUGAGGAGUUGAAGAGGGUAGGGAACGAGCUGUACAGAAGCGGGAAUUUCUUGGAGGCGCUGGCAUUGUACGAUCGCGCUGUGGCCAUCUCGCCUGGGAACGCGGCGUGCCGGAGCAACCGCGCAGCGGCGCUCACGGCGCUGGGGAGGCUCGGGGAGGCCGCCCGGGAGUGCCACGAGGCUGUGAAAUUGGACCCUGCUUAUGCUAGAGCGCACAAGAGGCUUGCCUCUCUUUAUGUAAGGUUUGGGCAGGUUGAGAAUUCGCGGCGCCAUUUGUGUCUGUCAGGGAUUCAAGAGGAUAAGUCUGAGGAGCAGAAGCUGUUGUUGCUGGAGAAACAUUUGAAUAGAUGUGCUGAUUCGCGGAAAUUUGGUGAUUGGAAGAGGGUGCUCAGGGAAUCAGAAGCUGCUAUUGCUGUUGGAGCAGAUUUUUCGCCGCAGAUUGUUGCUUGCAAGGCAGAAGCUUAUUUAAAACUGCAUCAACUUGAGGAUGCUGAAUCCAGUCUCUUGAACAUUCCGAAGUUGGAAGGCUGUCCUGCAGCAUAUUCUCAAACCAAGUUCUUUGGUAUGGUUGGUGAAGCCUAUGUUCCUUUCGUGUCUGCUCAGGUUGAGAUGGCCUUGGGGAGGUUUGAGAAUGCUGUUGUGGCAGCCGAAAAGGCUAGCACUUUGGAUUACAGUAAUGUUGAAGUUGGUAGGAUUGUAAACGUUGUAAGAAUGGUGGCAAGAGCUCGUUCAAGGGGCAAUGAUCUUUUCAGCUCUGGCAAGUUUUCUGAAGCUUGUUCUGCUUAUGGAGAGGGCCUCAAGUAUGACAACUCCAACUAUGUUCUAUAUUGCAAUAGGGCAAUUUGUUGGUCUAAACUUGGACUGUGGGAACAAUCGGUUCAAGACUGCAACCAAGCUCUUAACAUUCAACCAAAUUACAACAAGGCUCUUUUCCGAAGGGCCGCAUCAAAUUCAAAGCUUGAAAGAUGGGCAGAUGUUAUUAAAGAUUAUCAAGCCUUAAAACGCGAGCUUCCUAAUGACAUUGAAGUUGCUGAGUCUCUUCGUCGGGCUCAAUUAGCAUUAGAAAAAUCUCGGCUAGUGGUGUAUGGUACCAAGUUUGGAGUUGAAGUUGAAGAAAUCUCAGCUUUAGACAAAUUUAAACCUGCCAUUGCUUCUGCUGGUGUUUCUGUAGUUUAUUUCAAAGAGGCAUCAAACAAACUAUGUGAGGAAAUAUCUCCAUUUAUAAACACCUUGUGUGUUAGAUAUCCCUCUGUUAAAUUUAUUAAGGUGGACGCUGAGGAGUGUAUUGCAAUAGCAAAAGCUGAGAACAUAAGAAGAGUUCCAACUUUUAAAAUUUAUAAAAAUGGAGAAAAGGUGAAGGAGAUGAUCCAGCCAACACAUGAGUUAUUAGAGGAAUCAAUAAAGAGAAGUAAUAGUCUGUAGGUAUUAGAAGAAUUCAUGGUCAUUAUUUGCAUUCACCUGCAACAGAAAACCACAGCAAUAUUGAAGAAGGUGCUCCAAGAAUGCACCAAUGUUUAGUUCAAAUUAGGAAUUCCAGCUUUCCCUGUGAUAUAAACCAAUUUUUCAGGCAGGAAAACCUCAGAUAGAUUUUAGAUACCAUUUUGAAAUCAUAUAUGUAUAUCUUUUCCCGGAAA